AUGGCAGAACAGUUAGAGAGCCACGUUCUGGGGAUCGAGCAGGGGCAGGAAGAGCUGAACAAUCAACUGAAGAAGAUAUUGGACCUACUGCUGAACAAAGGGAAGAUAGCCCAAGAUCAGGAUCAUGAAGAAGAAAAUGACCCUAUCCACCCGCCCGAUUUUACGCCAAUUCAUGGGCAAUCUUCUGGUCCGCCCCCAUUUACCUCAGAGAAACCGACGCAUGGCACGCCACCUUUUAUCCCGAUAGUGACAGGAAUGGGGAUACCCUCAUCAGCAGUUGCGGGUGUAGGGACAAGCAAGAUCGCGACGGAAUACCGUUGUGACGAGCUAGAAGAACGGCUAAGGGCCAUAGAGGGGACUCGAACCGCCAGUACCGCCAGACCCUCAGAUUACUGCCUAGUGCCUAAUGUAGUCCUUCCUCCAAAGUUUAAGAUGCCAGACUUCGAGAAGUUUGAUGGGACCACAUGCCCUCAGACCCACCUUCGGAUGUAUUGUCAGUCGAUGGCCGCCUAUAUCGAUAAUGAGAAGUUGAUGAUGCAUUGCUUCCAAAGCAGUCUUACCGGGACAGCGGUUAGAUGGUACGUCCAGCAGAAUAAGGCCCAGAUCCGUACGUGGGGUGACUUGGCCAAUGCCUUCGAAGCGCAAUAUCGUCAUAUCUUGGAAAUGGCCCCAGACAAGAUGUCUCUUUCUGAAAUGGAAAAAAAGCCAACAGAAACUUUCAGGGAGUAUGCACUCCGUUGGAGAGACGCAGCCACUCAAGUGGACCCUCCAGUCAGCGACCGUAAGGCAAUAUCAAUGUUCGUAGGGACGUUAAAAGAUCCCUACCAUUCACAUCUGGUAGGGUCCACCCCUCAUAACUUCAUGGACAUUGUGGCGGCAGGGGCCAGAGUGGAAGCCGACAUCAAAACUGGACGAAUAAAGACUGGAACUACCGAUAACAGCCCAAGUAAGAAGUGCGUCAAAGGUAAAAAGGAAGAAGAGACCCAAAUGAUACAGGGGUUUAUCAGGAGCCUAAGGCAGAGAAGCCAAAGUCAACAACCUAGGGGAAAUUUCUACAUGGAACCAGUAGUAAACCAAACACUACAUAUGGGCCCCAGACCCCAGUUUGUAGCCCCCGCGCUUGUGCCAGCCCAGCCAAACAUAACAACUCGCCCGAGCUAG